CGCACUACCAGCCGGUGACGUAGCCAAAGUCUUUCCCAAUUUCACAAGCUUUACAUACUUUUGUUAAGAGCAGAUUGCCUCUUUCUCAUACUGACUUUGUCCCUUUCAUCUUCUCAAAAGACAUUCAGAAAAAAAAUGUUGUCAAAUCUUGCCGUGUCACAGACGUUGAACCCCACAAGAGAUAGAGUAAUUGCGUUAUACUGACAAUUAACUGUGCACAGAAUAAUCUGGUAUUUUGUGCGCGGACAGCUCUUAUGUUUCCUUCCACAGCUCUCUUCGAUGAAACAGAUUGUCCCUUCCUUCGAUGGGGGCGAUGCAAGCGACCUUAUUGUGUGUACAAUCACGGCAAAGACGAUACGUCUGGCGUCAUGACUACAACAGAUCCUGAAGUGAUUCCUGCCAAUGGAGCUUCUCACACCACUGAGGACAAUUGUCUUGAGGAACUGGAGAGGAUCAACAAAGAAAUAGAGGCAGUAAGGAGUGAGGUGGAAAAAGAACAAAAAAGACUCUCACAGUAUCAGACAUCGCAGUCCCUCACGCAAACAGAUAAUGCAGGUCUUUGCUCUGAGAAAUAUUUGAGAACCACCAACAGUCAGGCUAAAGACCAGAAUGGAAACAAUUUAAAAUACAAAAAGCCUGUUUCUUCAAACAGUGGUUGUAAGUAUGUGGUUGAUCGUGCCAGACCCAAGACUGAUUUGGAAUAUGACCCUUGUUCCAAUUUCUCUGCAGACUUGCUAUCCAGCAGCUCCGUAGAAUGCAAGUUAAAGUCAACUGAUAAAGUGGAUAUUGAACAUAGCCUGAAGAAUGACCGAACUGGAAAAAAUAUUCAGCUUCUGUCUUCUCAUUUUGAUGACUCUGACGAUGAAGGUACCUUGGUCAUUGACAUUCCACCUUCAGCAAGUGAUCAGGGAAAACGUAGGGCCAAACAGAAAGGCAAGAGUACAAUGAUUAAACCACAGCAUUCACCUGAGGGGAACUGUGCAGUUAAUAAUGAUCUUCUUGCAAAUGACCAAACAAAACCCAGGCAGCACAAAGAAAAAGUUUCUUCCAACGGACCUCCAAGUCAUAAAAUUGAACAUAUUGUGAGUGACCAGGAGAAAGAAAGGAUCUCAGCAAAACCUGUGAUAACACAGGAACAAGAGUCUUCUGAAGGGGAACUUGUCAUUGAUGUUUCAUCUUUCGAAGAUGAACAUAAACUUUCAAAGCAGCGUGAAACUAUAACCAAGGAACUACUUGACUCACCCAAAUUAUGCCCUAUUAGUGAUGCCCCAGCUGAUGAUGGUAAAGAGGCUAAUGAAGGGCCCUUAAAUAAACAGGUAUCACUUGCAAAGCACUCCGUAAAAGAAACCAAACCUUUUCUGGAGGAUCUAAAAGAAGAACCUGUGACUGAACCAAUUAACUCUACAAAUUUCAAAAUGGAAGUGUUUGUUACACAAAAAGAGGAGAAUGUCCUAGAUGACAUUUCCACAUGUCUAGACAAUCUGAGAAGUGAGAGUGAGAGGAUCAAAUGCUUUCAAGAUGUUAAGAUGCUUCCUGUUUGUUCAGUUUAUGGAGAUGAAGAUAUUUACUCACAAUCUCCUGCGAGUGUAGUACAAAAUGCAACUUUUAGAGCAGAACCACAAAUUGACUGCAUCUCAAGUUAUACUCAAAAGUCAAAAAUUGUAUCUUCUAAAACCAUCUCCCAAGAGCAAGCGCAUCAGCGGUACUUCCCCAUGGUCUCAUCUCGGUCCUUUCCUUCGUCCUUUCAUAAGGUAGAAGAGCAUGGAUGUGGUCCACACUCUCAAAGCCUGGCUGAAACAUCUUGGGCAACUAUUCAAAAAAGUCCCGACCAACCAUUUGCUCAGAACAUACCUGCAUAUGUUUCAGAGAUUGACACCAGAACUCUUUCAGCACCAUCGACUAGUCAACUCAACCUAAAAACAACUGUGGGCUUUGAAAAAUUACCUACAUCAGAUGCAUCAUUCCCUGUUCCCUGUGACAUACCUGUUCUUCCACAGACCUUUGCAUCUGCAGCGAUGACAGGAAGUAAUAAUGAAGCUGUUGUAGUUGACUCUAGUUCUGAUGAGGAGCUCAGGUAUUCAGACCUAGAUCUUUCAGAAACUGACCCAAUGGAAGAGUGCUACAGAAUCUUCAUGGAAGCCAACCAAAAUGAAGCUCCUGUCGUUCAAUGUGAUGCAUCUGAAGAAGUAUUAGAGAGCCAAGAAAUUGAGAUAAAGUCCAAUCCAACAGCUGUGCUGAAGAAAAGGGUGGCACAUGUGGCGAAGUUUGAGCCAGCAAGUAAAAGCAAAGCACAGAUUAUUGUUCCUCUUCGAGAGGGAGGCUCCCAGUUGACCAUUCCCUCCAAAACUCAAUUAUGCCAAAGAAGAGCAGCCAUUUUGACUACUGCUGUAAAAGGGUGUCAGUCAAGUAGUGCUCCAAAAAAAGUUUAUAUACCCAAUGUCAUUCAUUCAAGUACAGUGCAAAACCCCUGUCUUGGUAUCAUUCCGGUUGGUGCUACUGUACAGCUGGGGACAAAUCUGCACCUUAUCGUACCUGAAGGAAAUUGUGCUUUACCUCUGACACUUAUUCCAACUACAGUGUCCAUCCAACGGCCACCUCAGCCUUCUCCAUGUGUUCAGAUUUCACAAACUCCACAUCCUCCACAACCAGCCAACUAUACCCCAGCUAAGGCAAUGGGCGUCAAAAGAAAGGCAAAAGUACAUCAUGAGGUUGGGACAAAGGUACCACAUGAUGUUCGUCAACGUUAUGUGAACCUUUUUGUGGAGGAAUUCCUGAAAUCAUCUGUGACGGUACAAGAUGCUUUUGAGAAGGCUCUGACAGAAGAAAAAAAUGUUUAUGACCGCAGUAUAAAUAAGCUCAAGUAUCUAAGCAUAGCUGUCAAUGCGCUUAAGAGACUUAAAAACCAAAACGUCUUGCCUGCCAAAGCUCCCAGUGAGAGAGAUCAGCAUGUGUCUAGAGGCAAUGUACCACUAAAUACUCAAGCACUUCAGGGACCCGGUGAUUUGACACUUUAUGAGCAACUGAAGGAACACGUUCUGUCUGAGGACAUGUUGCGAGUAAACAACUUUCCUCGUAAACAUCAGGGUAAAGCUGACUUUGCCAUUCAGUAUGGAGAUACCAAGAAGGGCAUAAGCGACCCUUUAAAGAGAAUCUGCUGUCGAUGUGGAGCGACGUUCUCUGUUGAUAAAAGUGGAAAGCACACCCGCAGAGAGGAGUGUAACUACCAUUAUGGAAAAGUCAUAGAGAAUCGAGUGCCUGGAGGUGUUGAGACGCGCUACAGUUGUUGUGAGAAUGCAGUUGGAUCACCUGGAUGCCAAGUGUUCAAUCUUCAUGUCCAUGAUGCAGUAAGUCUUCAGGGCUUUGUGAACAGUCUUCCUCAAUCUUCGGUUGGCAAAACAUGUCCAGGAGUCUUUGCUGUUGACACACAAACAUGCUAUACGACUCAAGGUCUGGAACUCGCAAGAGUGACCGUAGUCAACAGCAGUUUGCAAGUUAUCUUUGACUCCUUUGUCAAGCCUGGUAAUGAUGUCAUUGACUAUAACACCAGGUUCUCAGGCAUAAGUGAGGAUGAUGUGAAGGGUACCAGCUCGUCUUUGCGCGAUGUACAAGCAGUGCUUUUGAGCUUUAUUAAUGCGGACACGAUUCUGAUUGGCCAUGGCUUGGAGAAUGACUUAGCUGCUCUCAAAAUUAUUCACAACAAUGUGAUUGACACGUCAGUGGUGUUUCCCCAUCGUCUGGGUCUGCCACACAAAAGAGAACUUAACAGUCUGACUGCAGACUACCUCCGGAGAAUUAUCCAAGAGAGUGUGGCGGGUCAUGACACACGCGAGGAUGCCACUGCAUGCAUGGAGCUCAUGCUUUGGAGGGUGAAAGAAGACUCCAAAGUGAAAAGAUGGUGACUUUCAAUAAAGUUUAUUCGUUUUUCUUUGUCCGUUGAGGCCAUGCACCAGUGUAUUUGGUGUUUUUGCUUGCAUAUAAACCUGUGUGGAGUGUUGGGUAUUUACUCAUUAUUUUUGUUUAAUUAUUAUUAUAAAUAGGUAUAUGAUACAUUUGUAUUUGGCCAUAAAAUGUUUUUCUUUAGUUUCUCAGUAUUAAUUGUGUAUUUGUAACAAUUAAUAGGCAAAUUGAUUUUUUUUUUUUUGGGGCUUAUGAUGCACUGUGGGAGUACUGUAAAUCUUUGAAAUCUGGAAAGAGGGAAUGAAAUUAAAGGCAUUGACAAGAAAUAACUGCAUUGUUUGAUUUUACUUUAAUCAUAUAUCCUGAAGUGUUGAUUGGCAUCCAGGUGUUUGUGUAAUCAUGUGUAAUCUGUCAUUUCCCCCCAUAUGAGCCAAUAAGAGUCUGCUGCUUAUCAGCACCACAUGCAUCAAAUCUAGUUAAUCAGAUAAUUAGAAGGUAAGUGAGUCAGGAAGUCUUUUAUUUAAAAGCUUUUAAAAGAAAUAUGUGGAAGUUUAAUUUCAGUGUUUAAAUAGUCUCCGCAUAUUAAGCUGGGUUACAAUAAACUAUCACAUCUGGACCAGCCCAAUGUAACAAUGGUUGUGCGUUUGGGGACAGGACUAUCUGUUUGUACAGCCAAUAGCAGGCAGGUGGGCAGGGCAUGGUGUUUUGGAAACCUGUUGGGAACAGUCAGUAUUUUUCAGUUCUAUUUGGUGAUGCUAGUGGCACAGAAAUCGCACACUUCACAUUUCAGUGUUUGAGGGCCGCGGCUGCAGUGAAAAGCCAGUGUGAGGGCUGGUGAAACAGUGGGCUGACAUGCCCGGGAGCAGUGCCAGGGCGCUGUUGGUGCUGCCCGUUUGGGCUCAUGCUGUACAAGCUGUGUGAGUGUGGCCCAACUGGCUGCUGGGAAUGCCUCCGCGACAGCCCUGGACUACUGUAGCAGCAUCUACAUGAACACACUGCUCUUGGCACAGAGCGAAAGAAACCAGAUGCUCUCCCUUCCAGCCGGGAAUGUAGGAAAAUCUGUUUGCGUGGAGAUUAAUGAUUAGUUUACAGAAUAUUUUGAAAGACGUAUAAUCAAUGUAAUAUUUGUGUGAUUGGAUUUCUUUUAUUCCAGCUUUUAUUCCACAAAAACUAAAUUUGUGUUUUAAAAGCUAUUUAAAAUAUGUUAGCAUGUUCAAUUUAUUUGAAAGUAUCCAUUACCUAUAAUAGUAGGCUACAGAGCGGUUCACAUGCAGGGGCACAGCAUACAUUUUUGUAUAUGUAUCUUUGUAUAUCUUUUUGUAUAUGUAUAUUCUUUGUUUGACCAGGUCUUCCCUCAAAACAGAACUAAUGACUUGCUAUCCAUCGUCUUAAUUGUAAGACAAAUGACCGUGUGGCACUAUGCUAAUUGAUUGAAGACAGGAAUUCAGUUGGGCUAAUUGAAUGGCACAGGAAAAAAUCAUUCAAUCUAAAGUGUGUUGCGUUCCUUGAAAACUCACCGAAGGUUAAUUAGUUUUACCUUUUGAAUCAAUAAAAUCAAUGUGAAAGAAAAUUCAA